AGUGUUUUAUUACACAGUGUUAUUUGGCUGUGUUUGUGAGUAGUUACACGUCUUGUUAUGAGGAAGGGUUUAAAGACUGAGAGGCUUUUAUUCGUCAGGUAUGAAAUAAAGGCUGCAGCAAAAGGUCAGAACCAGAGUGGAGGACACGGCCCUGGGGGCAAAAAAGAUGACAAGGAUAAGAAGAAGAAAUAUGAGCCCCCAAUUCCUACCAGAGUUGGCAAGAAGAAGAAGAAGACCAAAGGACCAGACGCUGCCAGCAAGCUGCCUUUAGUGACUCCUCACACCCAGUGCAGACUGAAGCUGCUGAAACAGGAGCGCAUUAAAGAUUACCUGCUGAUGGAGGAGGAGUUCAUCAGGAACCAAGAGCAAAUGAAACCUCUGGAGGAAAAACAAGAGGAGGAGAGGUCUAAGGUUGAUGAUCUGAGGGGAACACCGAUGUCUGUUGGAACUCUGGAGGAGAUUAUUGAUGAUAAUCAUGCAAUCGUGUCCACCUCUGUGGGUUCAGAGCAUUACGUCAGCAUCCUCUCUUUUGUGGAUAAAGAUCUGCUGGAACCUGGCUGCUCUGUUCUGCUCAAUCACAAGGUUCAUGCUGUUAUUGGGGUUCUGAUGGAUGACACUGACCCGCUGGUGACAGUGAUGAAGGUUGAAAAAGCUCCACAGGAGACGUAUGCUGACAUUGGAGGACUGGACAGUCAGAUCCAGGAGAUUAAGGAGUCAGUGGAGCUUCCGCUCACUCACCCAGAGUAUUAUGAGGAGAUGGGGAUCAAGCCUCCUAAAGGAGUCAUUCUCUAUGGCCCACCAGGAACAGGUAAGACCCUCCUAGCUAAAGCGGUGGCCAAUCAGACGUCUGCAACAUUCCUGCGGGUUGUAGGCUCAGAGCUGAUUCAGAAGUACCUCGGUGAUGGACCCAAACUGGUGCGGGAACUGUUCAGAGUGGCCGAGGAGCAUGCACCGUCCAUCGUCUUCAUCGAUGAGAUUGACGCCAUCGGAACCAAGCGGUAUGAUUCGAAUUCUGGAGGAGAGCGUGAGAUUCAGAGGACCAUGCUGGAACUUCUAAACCAGCUGGAUGGCUUUGACUCUCGUGGAGACGUUAAAGUCAUCAUGGCUACAAACAGGAUAGAAACACUUGAUCCUGCUCUAAUCAGACCAGGCCGAAUUGACCGUAAGAUUGAGUUCCCCCUGCCGGAUGAGAAAACCAAGAAAAGAAUCUUCCAGAUUCACACCAGUAGGAUGACUGUGGCCGAUGACGUGACCUUGGACGACCUCAUUUUGGCUAAAGACGAUCUGUCUGGAGCUGAUAUCAAGGCUAUCUGUACAGAAGCUGGUCUCAUGGCUUUGAGGGAGCGCAGGAUGAAGGUCACUAAUGAAGACUUCAAGAAGUCCAAAGAGAAUGUGUUGUAUAAGAAGCAGGAGGGCACUCCAGAGGGCCUGUACCUCUAAUAUACUCUGUAUUUGUGCGCAACUUGGAGAAAACAUCAUUCAGAUUCAGAUUCUUCCUUUAAUGUAUGUAUUUUGUGUGUGUGAGAAUUUUCCUCAUUUGUUCAUUAAAAAAACAUUUUUUGGAGAAAA